AUGGACGAUGAAGCCCACACGAGCUGCUACAUCUUCAAGCCUAGGAACCAAGAGACCGAAGAGAUCGAUCCGAGACCGCAGAAGAGGCGGAAGUUGAGCAAAGUCCCAUCGAAGAGUGCACCCCAAGAGGAAUACUCAUGGCCACGAGUACUGAACGGGCAAGAACCUCAAGACGCGGCCAGACUCCGCAAACAGCAGUUCGAGACAGUAUGGGCCCAACAACAGAAGAAAAUCGACAGCAUUGUCGAUGUGGUCGAUGAAGGGUUUGUGGAGCCUGUUAUCAGGUUUGUGCGUACCCAGAAUGCAGAAAGUCUUCGGGAGCAUAAGAGACUGAAGACUGCGUUGCUGGCCGUGGGCCCAAGCACGAACCAUCACCACGACCUUCACAAGACAUGGAGACGCAAAAUCACACGGGACGGACUCAGCGGAGAGGAGUUGCUCGUCAUGCUGCAGCCGGCGCACUGUCCAAACAUGCAGACCGCGCUGAAGAACGUGGUCAGAUCGGCGAUUUCUGGACGAGAAGGGGCAGAGAAGUACACAGAGUUCCUGAACGAGCACAAAUCCAUGGUGCCCAUGUCCUUCGACCUGGAAUUGCUCCAGCGGUACGUUCGACGCCAUCGCAUCGAGCGAGUAGUCAUCUCCGUCAUGGAUGCCGAAGGAUUUGACACCGUUGUCCUGUCUGAAUUGAUCUCGACUUUCCAGUCCUGGUCAGACAGGAUUCCGACUAUUCUUCUCAUCGGUAUUUCGACCACCGUGGAACUCUUUGAGUCUCGGCUAUCUCGACUGACGGUUUCCAUGCUCGACGCCCAAAUAUUCGAACCGAGCCCAGACUUCAGUCGGGGAGAUCGCCUGUUUGACCUGUACACGACAAUUCAACAUGGUGAAGAUGCGGAAGUGUUUCUGGGCCAGUCGGUCGUCAGCGUGCUGGCAGCAUCGGCCGAAGACCAAAGCACUACACCAGCAACAUUCGCUCGGGCCGUCAAGUACGCUCACAUGUCUCACUUCUUCGCGAAUCCUCUCUCGCUGCUGUCCAUCGAGAGCAGGACGACGUCACCGGUAUGGAGCCCGGUGCUGUGCCAAGCCAUCCGCAACCUCGCGAGCUUCAAGUCGUACUGCGAAGCGCUGGCCAAGGGCGACAGGACUGAGCGAGAGGCCGCCCGGCGCCUGCUUACGUCCGACGAGGAACUUCAGAAGGCAGCCGUCCAAGCAAUCGAGUCAGGAAAACGGAGAAUGCGUUCAUGUUUGUCCGCUAUCUCAACCCUGAGAUUCAUCUACCACUGCACGUUCAGGCUCGAAGCGUACACCACCUGGGAGAGCGAAUUGCAUCUCCUGAAUUCCCUCCCUGACCUAACCCGCUCAGAAAUCUUCGAAGCCAUUGAGGACCAACUCAAAAGCCUGCCGUUUGAGACACUAGUCGCCCGACUGCUCGAGGACUCUGCGCCAGGACUGGAGGAUCUGCGGGACUACCACCGGUCCUUUGCAGAAGUACCCGACUCAGAGUCAGAGUCAGAGCCAGGGUCAGGCGCUGGUGCGAGCAGUUCUGGCGCGGAAACAGUCAUCACCGUCCUGCGGCGGUACCUUGAGAGCCGGACGUCGUCACCCUCGCCGCCAUCGUCACGUUCCGACGACGGUGUCAAUCCCUUCCGCCAAUUUAUGGCCGAGGCCCAUACCCUGACGCAAAAGUCCCCUCUGUCGCAGACCAUCCACCCUCGCCCGCGCCACUGCGUCGAGCGUGCCCUGACCCGGCCCGCGGACUACCUUGGCUGCGCAUGCUGCGCGGCUCACGGCAGGGGUGCCGGCGACGUCGUCGGGAACAGGGCGAGCCUCCCGCCCACGAGCCUCUUGCUGAGCAUGCUCAACGAAGCGGGCGCGGUGGUCAACGUGCGGGACCUGUGGGACGCGUUUCGGGACACGCUCUCGUCUCACCACCGCGCUGACGAAGAUGACAGUGAUGACGACAACGACGACGACAAUAACGAUAAUGAGAACGAGACCGAGAACGAGAACAAAGACGACAAGAGCAGUAGCAGCAGCAGUGCUGAGAGGCAGACCCUGGCCCUGUUCUACCGUGCGCUCGCCGACCUGCGCCACUUGGGCCUGAUCAAGCAGAGCAAGCGCAAGCCUGGAGUGGAAUGCAUCGCAAAGACGGCGUGGAUGGGACUCUGA